AUGAAAGCUGUCCGACCAUCUUUCCGCGCCAAUGCAACAUGUCAGAGGCAGAUCUUCUGCACCAACGUAACGUCAUGUCGAACGAGUUUAAUACCACGCCGAGCAUACACACGACCCGCAUUCGCACCGAAACCCACCAUCGACAUCAAACACAUCCGACAGAACCCAGGACUAUAUGAGCAGAACUGCAUAGACCGCAACUAUGCCGCACACAGCAAAUCGUCAUGGCGGAUCAUAGAGCUGCACGAGCAAUGGCUCGCACUCCAGCAAAGCAGUCGCGACCUACGAGAGCGCAACAAUCGCAUACGAGCCACUCUAGCUAGGACAGCAUCGCGCGCCAAGGACGCCGACGGCAAGCCGGUAGCCUUGAGAGAAGGAUUGAUCAGCGAUGCAAAGGCAUUGAAGGCAGAGUUGAGCUCUAUCGAGGCACAAGAGUCAGAGAUCCAAGAAGAGAUAGAAGGGCUGGCGCAGGAUCUGCCCAACUUAAGCAGCACAUGCACGCCCGUCGGCACCGAAGCAGAUGUACUCGGCUACAUCAACGAGUCGUCGAAAUCACAAAAUCGCAAGUCGCACGUCGACAUUGGGCAGGAAUUGGGAAUCCUUGACUUCUCGGGCUCAGCGCAGACUUCGGGCUGGGGCUGGUACUUUCUGGUCGGAGACGGUGCAGUGCUGGAACAGGCGCUCGUACAGUACGCCCUAGGUGUUGCUAGGAGGAAAGGAUGGAAAGCAGUCGCACCUCCAUCCUUGGUGUACUCACACAUUGCAUCUGCAUGCGGGUUCCAGCCGCGCGAUCAAAACGGGGAGCAACAGAUCUAUGCCAUUGAGCAGUCAGAGAAGGACAAGGCGAAGCCGCAACUCGCGCUCGCCGGGACUGCAGAGAUACCGCUUGCUGGCAUGAAGGCCAAUCAGACCCUGGAGGAAGCGGAGCUGCCGCUCAAGGCAGUCGGUGUGAGCAGAUGCUACCGUGCUGAAGCUGGCGCAAGAGGAGCCGACACAAAGGGCUUGUACCGUGUUCACGAGUUCACCAAGGUUGAGAUGUUUGCCUGGACGACGCCCGACAACAUGGGUGAAGACCACUUUACUACUCCAACGGCACCGAGCUCAGAGUCAAUCUUUGACGAGAUGCUGUCGAUCCAAAAGGAGAUACUAGAAGCACUUGGACUGCACUGCCGCAUCCUCGAAAUGCCCACAACCGACCUCGGUGCCAGCGCGACGCGGAAAAUUGACAUCGAAGCCUUCUUCCCAUCCCGAGAGAAAGAGGAAGGAUGGGGCGAGGUGACAUCAUCGUCCAUGUGCACAGACUACCAGAGCCGACGACUACAGACUCGCAUGCGCGUGAAGGGAGGCAAACUAGAGUUCCCGUACACGCUCAACGGAACAGCACUUGCUGUGCCCAGAGUCCUCGCAGCCAUUCUGGAGAACCACUGGAACGAACAGGACAGCACGGUAACAAUACCAGAGGUACUGCGACCGUUCAUGGGUGGGCAAGAAAAGAUACAGGCGGAGCGUCGUUGA